GAUAAACUUCGAAAACGGAAGGCCAGAGAAAAUGAAACAUCUAAACAAAAAGAAGUACCUACUGAAAUAGCUGAAAAACAAAAAAAUAAGAAUUGCAGUGAGUUAGAAGAAAAUCGAAACAAUUGUACUAUUAUGCAACAAAGUUUAGAACAAAUCGAAACUGAAGAUGUUAGUCCUCAAUCAACAAGCAACAUGAAUAACAAAAUUCUUCAAUUAUUGCUGGAAGAUAAUUAUAUUGAUAGCCAGUUUCCACAGAUUCAGAGUGAUUAUAAUUUAGACAAUACAAAUGAUGAUGGCAUAGUUAGUCACACUUUUGUACCUUUUCUUCCUUCAGCUGAUAGCGAGAAAGUUGCAAUUGAUAGUACACUUGAUUGA